AUGAUAUCAUCUAAAAUGGAGGAGAAAGAAAAAGGAAAGAUGGAUGAACGCAACAAAGAUGUUGAAAGUAUUUGUUUGCUUGUUUAUUUGUUUAUUCCUAUUACUUGCUUAUCAGUUCAACUUGACAACAAUUUAGAAUCUGAAGAAUCGUCGGUAACCACUGCGGAAAUGAUAUCAUCUAAAAUGGAGGAAAGAAAGAUGAUGGAUAAACACAGCGAAGAUUAUGAAAAAUCUGACGAAUCAUCGAUGUCCACUGGAAAAGUAUUACCUAAAAAGGAGAAGAGAGGAAAGAUGGACAAAGAUGCUAAAAAGCCCCAAGAAUCGACUACGGAAAUAAUAUCACCUAAAAAGGAGGAGAAGAAGAGAAGGAAGAUUGAUGGACACAAUGAGAAUUAUGAAAGAAUGAUAUCACUUAAAAUGAAGGAGGAUGACUGGAGUAAGAUGGAUGAAUACGAUAAAGACUAUGAAAAAACUAAAGAAUCGCCGAUGGCUACUGCAAGAAUAAUAUCACCAAACAAGGAGAAGAAGGAGAGAAGAACGAUGAAGGAAUAUAUUGAAGACUACGAAAAGUCUGAUGAAGCACCGUUAACUACUGCUGAAAGCAUAUUAUCUAAGAUGAAGAAGGAGGAAAGACGAAAAGUGAAGGAUGGCGGAAAUUAUAAAGAAAAAGUUCCAGUUUCUGAAAAGUCUACUGCGUCUGCUUCACUGUUGGCAUGUGCUGAUAAUGCCAAAAUUCCACAAUUCGUCUCAGUAUCAACAAGAAGUUCAACAAGAUCUUUGUUGGAGACAAUUCAAAGUAAUAAGAAAAUUGUUGAACGAAUAACAUUUAUAACUAUAUAUGAAAUUGAAAAUGAAAGAGAUGAUGAAAAUGACAAAAAGAUGAAAAUGAAUGAAGGAAAGAGUUAUACCGAUACUGAUAAACAAAAGGAUACCGAUGAUAAUGAUGAUGGAACUAUUUAUUUAUUGAUUCGAAGUGCAGAAAAAAAGUUCAACGAUAAAGCAGUAGGAAAUGAUGGAACUAUUACUUAG